AUCUGGCUUAUAAUAAACGCUUACCCUAAUAUGGACAUUAUGAAAUGUGUAACACCUCAUUCCUCCCCCCCUUCAAAUCAAUUGAAUAUUUUACGCAUAACUGGGGUGACUCAAGUGGAAUGGGCGCGUCUAUACUGCAGCCAGAAGCACCUGGGGAGAAACAGGCUAUGAACGAAGAACGAAGCGUCCACCCCAUACGUGUGCAAGUUGCGUGCGUCAUGCGCCGUACCCGCAGAACACAGUUUAGACAAACUGGUUUUGCUGGCGGUUUCAUUUAAUCGGCUUGAUAUUUACAGAGGGGAAAAAAAAACCAUACGAUUCCCUCCCCUUUUUGUUUCCUUUCUGUCUAUACAUCAAUCCAUCUCUCUCAAUAUCCAUCCAUACGUUCGUCCGUUUGUCCAUCUCUCUCUCCAUCUCCCCUUGAGGGCUGCUGGAUAAGGAGGCCCUCUCCAGUGAAAGAGAGAAUGAGAGAGAGAGAGAGCGAGAGAGAGAGAGAGCGAGAAAAAGCUAGAGAGACAAAGAGAGAGAGAGGGAGAGAGCGAGCUCUUCCAGGACAUUUGGGCUCAUCGGUGCGGAUCCAAGACUGUUCGGGGUGGGGAUGGUGAGGGAUAUUUUUCUCGGCACCACCUCGAUCGGCCGAACCUAGAUCAUGAGAGGUUGUGAGGCGGCGAAGAACAGCCUUGUCUUUGACGACGCCGUCCCAUUCCCUCCGCUUUUGGAUGAAUGCUCGCUGCAGGUGAGGGAUUGAAGAAGAGGACAGUGUGGUUGCAACGAAGAGGACAGGAGGAUGCUUCUGAAUUCGUUUGAUGAAGAAGAAAAUACUUUUAUGAACAUCAAUGACAGCGAGGCUCCAAAGGAAAACGGUAUUUUUUCCAACAUCUUAUCUCUGAAUGGGAUUAUGCGAUCAGAUUUGAGACUGACAAAUGUCACAUUUUUUUCUGGUGUCAAGGCUAGUCGGAGCGCACUUGUAAAGCAGCUGUAGGGCGACGGGAGCCACGUUAGUGCCACACGCUGUAUCAAACAUUGCGGAUGUUCCAAAAAUAAAUAAAUAAAUAAUCCUGGCUCUCCCUCCUUUUUUUAUCCGUUUUUUUUUUCUUUUUUGCCAAUGCCUUUUUUAUUAUUUGGAACACAUUGAGAGAACGGCCGCAAAUCUAUUUUUGAAAAUCUCUUUAUAAAUUGGGGCCUAUAUUUUACGGGUUUUUAUCACAAAUUCUAACAUGAAGAGUGAAGAAAUUAAGCGUCCAGAAAUGUGCGGGAACAUCUGGUGCGCUCUGAUCCAACCAUGAACCAUACAGAAGAGCAUGAAACAUUCAUGUUUAACUCGAUAGUCUCCUCAUGAGCUCAUGUUUGGAGGCAAAUCCUACUUUUUAUGGACAUAAAAUCGGACUAAUACUGAGACGCCCAACAGCACUACCCUACAGUGCAACCAGUCAGCCAACCGACCACACAUUUAAUUUCCUCACACCCACAGUUGGCCGUUGGCAGAGGCACACAGAGGAAGGAGACGCCGUAGGCUUACAUGGGCGUCCUCGUCUGCUGAAGCCGGGAGGAGCAGGUGUUGAUCGGCAAGCUCGCAAGGCAACCCCCGUUGUGCAUAUGAUACGUUCGGAUCCAGAUGAGAUGUAAUGUGGUGUGGCCACACAGCUGUGCAUUGGUCUCCUUUUCCGCUGUUUCGUGAAGAUUGGAGUCCAAGAUCGGUGUCCGCUGAAUGGCGCGGUUCGGAGACGAGAUGCCGAGCAGGUAUGGAGGGGGCCCCGGUGGUGGAGGGGGCCCCGGGGGCCGCGGUGGCAGCAGGCAAGGCGGACCACACGGACAUGUCCACGGCCAUGGGCACGGCCACGGCCACGGACCACCAGGAGGACCCGGGACCCAGAGAAUGUAUAAGCAGUCUAUGGCGCAGAGAGCCCGCACAAUGGCCCUCUAUAACCCCAUCCCGGUACGCCAGAACUGCUUCACUGUCAAUCGCUCGCUGUUCAUUUUCAGCGAGGAUAACUUCGUGAGAAAAUACGCCAAAAAGAUCACCGAAUGGCCUCCAUUUGAGUGGAUGAUUCUAGCUACCAUCAUUGCCAAUUGCAUUGUCCUAGCUCUUGAACAACAUUUGCCUGAUGGGGACAAAACACCACUGUCUGAACGGCUGGACGAUACAGAGCCGUACUUUAUAGGAAUCUUCUGCUUUGAGUCCGGAAUAAAGAUCCUGGCGCUUGGUUUUGCCUUCCACAAGAACUCCUACCUGAGAAAUGGAUGGAAUGUCAUGGACUUUGUGGUUGUGCUAACAGGGAUUCUGUCCACCGUGGGCUCAGAUUUUGACUUGCGGACCCUUCGGGCUGUGAGGGUAUUGAGGCCUCUCAAGCUGGUGUCCGGUAUACCUAGCUUACAGGUGGUGCUCAAAUCCAUCAUGAAGGCCAUGAUCCCCCUACUACAAAUUGGCCUGUUGCUUUUCUUUGCCAUCCUCAUGUUUGCCAUCAUUGGUCUGGAGUUCUACAUAGGCAAAUUCCACAAAACCUGCUUUGACAACCACACAGGUGACAUCCGGGAAGAGUUCCCAUGUGGAGAAGAACCUUCGUCCCGGGGGUGUCCAAAUGGCACCGUUUGUAGAGGGGGCUGGUUGGGGCCAAACUUUGGCAUUACCCAGUUUGACAACAUCCUGUUUGCUAUUCUCACCGUCUUCCAGUGCAUCACCAUGGAGGGCUGGACAGACCUGCUCUACUAUAGCAACGACGCCUCAGGGAGCGCAUGGAACUGGAUGUAUUUCAUCCCGCUUAUCAUCAUCGGCUCCUUCUUCAUGCUCAACCUGGUGCUUGGUGUGUUGUCAGGGGAGUUUGCCAAAGAAAGGGAGCGUGUGGAGAACAGGAGAGAGUUCCUGAAGCUUAGACGACAGCAGCAGAUUGAAAGGGAACUCAAUGGAUACCUGGAGUGGAUCUGCAAGGCCGAAGAGGUCAUCUUGGCAGAUGAUGAGAAUGAAAAUGAUUAUGACGGUUCUUGUAGAAGAGCUACAAAAAACCAUAAGAGCAAAGCGGAGCUCCUCAAUCCAGAGGAAGGAGAGGGAGAUCUGGCAUUGGGUUCACCAUUUGCUCGUGCCAGCCUGAAAAGCUCAAAACUCGAAGGUUCAACCUUCAAGCGGCGGGAGCGGCGGUUUCGGUUCUUCGUACGACGCGUCGUCAAGUCCCAGGCAUUUUACUGGACCGUGUUGUGUUUGGUGGGCCUCAACACACUGUGUGUGGCUGUAGUGCACUACGACCAGCCUGAACCACUUUCAGAUUUUCUAUUUUAUGCUGAGUUCAUCUUCCUGGGGAUUUUCCUGACUGAGAUGUGUGUUAAACUGUACGGCCUCGGAAAACAGGCUUACCUCAACUCCUCCUUCAACUGUUUCGACUGCAUUGUGAUAUGUGGCAGCAUAUUUGAAGUGUUGUGGUCAAUCAUCCAACCGGGCACAUCGUUUGGCAUCAGUGUGCUGCGGGCUCUCAGGUUAUUAAGAAUCUUCAAAGUCACCAAGUAUUGGGCAUCGUUACGUAAUCUUGUCGUCUCUCUUCUCAAUUCCAUGAAGUCCAUCAUCAGCUUGCUCUUCCUGCUCUUCCUCUUCAUAGUUGUCUUUGCCCUUCUGGGCAUGCAGCUCUUCGGAGGACAGUUUAAUUUUGAAAAUGGCACCCCUCCGACCAAUUUCGAUACCUUCCCUGCAGCAAUAAUGACGGUGUUUCAGAUCCUCACUGGUGAGGACUGGAAUGUGGUGAUGUAUGAUGGGAUUCAGUCUCAGGGUGGAGUUCAAAAAGGGAUGGCCUUCUCUGUCUUCUUUAUUGUUCUUACUCUUUUUGGCAACUACACAUUGCUAAAUGUGUUCUUGGCCAUCGCUGUGGACAAUUUAGCCAAUGCUCAAGAACUGACCAAGGAUGAGCAGGAAGAAGAGGAAGCUGCCAGUCAGAAGAUUGCCCUGCAGAAAGCAAAGGAGGUGGCUGAAGUCAGCCCCUUGUCAGCCACCAACCUCUCCAUUGCAGCCAACAAAGUACACAGUGAGUGUCACAACGCAUCCGACCCCUUUCUGGACUGUAAGGAACAGCAGAAGAACCACAAGGGUAUCAAUAAAUCAGUGUGGGAACAGCGAACCAAAGAGCUGAGGAAGCAGACGCUGGCAUCCAGUCGUGAGGCCCUCUAUAAUGAGCUGGACCCUGAUGAUCGCUGGAAGGCAAGGACAGGGAGGGAAGAACAAAACAAUGUCAACUUUGCUCGUCACGUCCGCCCCGACAUGAAAACUCACCUGGAUCGACCUUUAGUCGUUGAUCCCCGUGAGAACCGAAACAACAACACCAACAAGACCACUGCCAACAAUUCGGACCUCUGUAUCACCCAGCACCAUUCUUCCGAUGAGCUCCACAAACAAACGCAGCUGCAAGACCAACACGGUCAAGUAGCAGGGGGAGGCGGAGGCGGUUCAGGCCAACCCAGGGCUCUCCUGGAUCGAGGGGAGUCCACUGAGAGUAGGCGGAGUCGCAAAGGUGAGCAUCACCACAAGUCUCACGUCCGGUUGGACGCAACAGUCAUUCCAGGUCCAGGCUCAGAAGAGAGGCCACCCCGACGCCAUCACCACAACCGGAGUGGCAGUCGAGGGGGAGGACAGUCCGAGCACAGGAGGACAAGGUCACAUCGAAAAAAUGCAGAGGACGGAGAGGAGGGUGGAGGAAGAGCUGGAAAAUCAGGGAGGCAUAAGAGUAAGGGGAUGAAUGGAGCUGGAGAUGGAGGAGACCAUCAGGGAGCCAGUGAAGGUGGUGAGAGGAGGCCAAAAAGAAGUCGACAUGUCAAUCAAUCAGAGGGCGAGGGGAGGAGGAUGUGUCAGCACAGAAGGAGGGAUUGCAGUGUCCCAAACCUCUCUACCACUCGACCCAUCCAAAAGAGCCUCUCCAGGCAGAAUAGCCAGUACAGUGAAGAUAUGGACAACCUAAUGAACACCAAACUGGUCUCUGGCUCUUCUCCACCUGGCCAAAGUCAUUCUAAUCCACUUGCCAAUUACGCAUUAGCCCCUGGCUUCGGAUCUGCUCUCCAUCUUGCCAACAGUGGCACUCAUGGAAGUUUAGUCACAUUGGAUAGCUACGGCAACAUCGGCCAUCAUCGGGCGCACAGUGUGAUCAGGCUGCCUCACCCUGACUACACGGCAGUGGACAUGCCAAUUUUCCCAUCUAUUAACGCUAUUCUCCAAGUCAAUAAAAAUGCAAACACUGAGCCUCUACCAGCAAAGGAGGACAAGGAUGACGAUGAUGAUAAAGCAGGUGAAGGAGGACCCAGACCCAUGCCUCCAUAUAGUUCCAUGUUCAUCUUGUCCACUACUAACCCCUUUCGGCGGGCAUGCCACUACAUUUGUACUCUACGCUACUUUGAGAUGUGUAUUCUGUUGGUCAUUGCUAUGAGCAGUAUCGCUUUGGCUGCUGAAGAUCCUGUCUGGCCUGAAUCACCUCGAAACAAUGUACUUCGCUAUUUUGACUAUGUUUUUACUGGAGUUUUCACGUUUGAGAUGCUGAUAAAGAUGGUGGAUCUGGGCUUGGUCUUGCACCAGGGCUCUUAUUUUCGGGACUUGUGGAACAUCCUUGACUUUAUAGUGGUUAGUGGUGCUCUGGUGGCCUUCGCCUUCACCGGCGGCGGGGGUAGCAGUAAAGGAAAAGACAUCAGCACGAUCAAAUCUUUGAGGGUUCUGCGAGUGUUGCGUCCUCUGAAGACCAUUAAACGGCUUCCAAAGCUCAAGGCUGUGUUUGACUGUGUGGUGAACUCACUAAAGAACGUCCUGAACAUCCUGAUUGUCUACCUACUCUUCAUGUUCAUCUUUGCUGUGGUAGCUGUGCAGCUCUUCAAGGGACGUUUCUUUUUCUGCACUGAUGAAUCCAAAGAGUUCGAGCGCGACUGCAGAGGCGAAUAUCUGGUGUAUGAACGUGAUAACGAAGUGAGGGCGCAGAAGCGGGAGUGGAAGAAAUACGAUUUCCACUAUGACAAUGUGGCUUGGGCCCUUCUCACCCUCUUCACUGUUUCCACUGGAGAGGGGUGGCCGCAGGUGCUGAAACAUUCAGUGGAUGCGACCUAUGAGAAUCAGGGCCCGAGCCCAGGAUAUCGGAUGGAAAUGUCCAUCUUUUACGUGGUGUACUUCGUGGUCUUCCCCUUCUUCUUCGUCAACAUUUUCGUUGCUCUUAUUAUCAUCACCUUCCAAGAACAAGGAGACAAAAUGAUGGAGGAAUAUAGUCUGGAAAAGAACGAGAGAGCUUGUAUAGAUUUUGCCAUCAACGCCAGGCCUCUGACACGCCACAUGCCUCAGAAUAAAUUGAGCUAUCAGUACAAAAUGUGGGAGUUUGUGGUGUCACCGCCAUUUGAAUAUACCAUAAUGGCUAUGAUCGCGCUCAACACCGUGGUGCUAAUGAUGAAGUAUGAUGGAGCUUCUGACACCUACGAAGCAGUUUUAGCCAACCUCAACAUAGUGUUUACUUCGCUCUUCUCCUUGGAGUGUGUCCUUAAGAUCAUUGCCUUUGGGGCUCUGAACUAUUUCAAAGAUGCCUGGAAUAUUUUUGACUGUGUGACAGUUCUGGGCAGCAUUACAGACAUCCUGGUCACAGAGCUUGGGAUGGAUAAUUUCAUCAACUUAAGUUUCCUAAGACUGUUCAGAGCAGCUCGUCUCAUCAAACUGCUGAGGCAGGGAGAAACCAUUCGCAUCCUGCUCUGGACCUUUGUUCAGUCAUUCAAGGCACUUCCUUAUGUCUGCCUUCUCAUUGCCAUGCUGUUUUUCAUCUACGCCAUAAUCGGGAUGCAGCUAUUUGGAAAUAUUGCUAUUGAGGAAGAUGGAGAGAGUGCCAUCAACCAACACAACAACUUCAGGACCUUUGUGCAGGCUUUGAUGCUUCUCUUUAGGAGCGCAACAGGAGAGGCGUGGCAUGAGAUUAUGCUAGCUUGUCUGGGGGGUAAGGAGUGCGACAUCAAUUCAGGAAACACAGGGCCGGAGUGUGGGAGCCAGGUGGCCUACCUCUACUUUGUCUCCUUCAUCUUCUUCUGUUCGUUCUUGAUGCUGAAUCUGUUUGUAGCCGUCAUCAUGGACAACUUUGAGUACCUGACAAGAGAUUCAUCUAUUCUGGGACCUCACCACCUUGAUGAGUAUGUAAGGAUAUGGGCCGAGUAUGAUCCUGCUGCCUGUGGCAGGAUCAGUUGCAGGGAAAUGUAUGACAUGCUGAGACACAUGAGUCCUCCGCUGGGCCUAGGGAAGAGGUGUCCAGCACGGGUGGCCUACAAGAGACUACUUCGCAUGGAUCUACCUGUGGGUGACGACAACUCGGUCCAUUUCAACUCCACACUCAUGGCUUUGAUCCGCACAGCUCUGGAUAUCAAGAUUGCGAAGGGUGGCAUUGACAAGCAUCAGAUGGACGCGGAGCUGAGGAAAGAGAUGAUGGCGAUAUGGCCCAACCUCUCCCAGAAAACUUUGGAUUUGCUGGUCACACCACACAAGGCAGCUACAGAUUUGACGGUUGGGAAAAUCUACGCGGCCAUGAUGAUCAUGGAGUACUAUCGCCAGAGCAAGAUCAAACGAUCCCAGGCUCUUCGUGAUGAACAGAACCGAACGCCAUUACUGUUUCAGCGCGUGGAGCCACCAACCCCCUCCCAGGACGGGGGUCCGGGACUCAACAACGCUUUGCCUCCGCCUGAGACAAUAGAUACUGGCAACGGCUUGCCGGUGGAGGGCGGGAUCCCCGAGAGCCAGUCCUGGGUGACGGCUCGUGCCAAGAAGAUGUCCCAGAAGGUUGGCAGCUGGAGCCCUGAAGGGCACUCUGAGGAUGGCCUAGGAAGCAUGACCAACUCACAGACGGUAGAGAUGAGAGAGAUGGGGCAGGAUGGUAUCUCGGAUACUGAGCAAUUUCCGCCAAUGGAAGGCCACGGCAGGGCCGCUUCCAUGCCCCGCCUCCCAGGCGACAACCAAACCAUCAGCGACAACAGUCCAAUGAAGCGGUCCGCCUCGUCUCUGGGCCACAGCAGGUCUGGGCGAGGACACAGAGACAAAGGAGAUGAUUACCACAUGGAGUGCUCAAUACCCGAGGAGGGGAGAGCUUCCAGACACGGACACCGGCGAAAGGAUCGCAGUCAUCGAGCGUCUGAGAGGUCCCUCUGUCGCUACAGCGAAAUUGACACAGACCUGAGCACGACCACACAGUCUGGUGACCUCACAUCGAAAGAGAAGGACCGUGACCGCGACCGGGGUCGAUCCAAAGACCGUAAGCACCACCACCAUCACCACCACCACCACGGCUCCGUGGACAAGGAACGCUACGUACCAGAACGCGGUGGCGAAUAUGGACACAGACACUCCCGGGACAGGGAGCAUGACCGGGAGAGGGACAGAGACCGGGAGCGGCGCUGGUCGCGAUCACCCAGCGAGGGCCGUGAGAACGUUCCGCACAGACAGGGCAGUAGUUCAGUCAGCGGAAGUCCAGUUCCAUCGACCUCGGGAACCAGUACACCACGGAGAGGUCGCCGACAGUUGCCUCAGACCCCUGCCACACCCCGACCCCAUGUCACGUACUCCCCUGUAGUCCGUAAGUCCAUGCCCACUCCUCCUGGGGGACCGCAGGGCAGACCCCCAGCCCCAGGUCCCCGCCACUUUUCUCCAGAGCCUCUUCAAGGGCAGGGUCCACCCCCAGCUGGAGUCCCAAUGGCCCACCAUGGCACACCCCGCCAGAGUCAUCAUCCCCCACUGCGCUGGGGUGACUCAGGUGGAGGAGGCGGUUCCAUGGAAGGGGAUGGCUGCUUCUACAAUCAGGAGUACCAGGACUAUGAUCCGCACCAUGAACCACCCGCCUACGAGCCAAGUGCCAUGCAGGGUGGAAACCCUCACCCCCACGCCCUGGCUAACCACCCUCUGCCUCCUCCCACACAACCACAGCCUCACAACCCCCAUACCCUUCCUCCUUCACAGCCUCAUCCGGUGAACAACCCCCACCCGCAGCCCACUCGUACCUCACCCAGGACUGUCAGCCACGCGAUUCCUCCCACCACUGCCCUGACUGGGCCUGUGCAGAACCAGGUUCAGCCUGCUGCCCAGCGCCGCCUACCAAAUGGCUACCGAUCGUCAUCCCCUUCCGCACACCUCCAUGGACCUCCACACACUGGGCCUCACAAGGUUCCUCCUCCGGCUGGGCAUCCGAGGGGUCCCCGCAAGGGACUGCACGAACCCUAUGGUGAGAGGGAGGAAGACGAUUGGUGCUAGCCCCCGGGGACGGGGGAGGGAUGUAUAAUCAAUAGACUGGAAAAAAAAAGAGAGCUCCUAGCCAGAGCAGUGACUGCCAAGGGAAACCACAACCUUUCUUUUUCAUCUGGUUAUUAGUUUUAGUCACCCCAACUUCUCGGGGUGCCACGUGGACGCUUCACUGGAUGAAAAGAUUGUUAUCACCGUAAAGGAGACAUAGCGAGAAGGCAAAGGUUGAGUCUGGAGAAACAAGAAGCAACAACUUUUGUGUUCUGCUUGCAUUGUUGAUCAUCUCUUGAUGCCAAAAGAGACCAAGCUCAGAUUUAAGUUUUUUUAAGAUGGGAGGAGAAAAGAUAGACACUACUCUUUGUGUCUUAAUUUAUGCCUCUGGCAAUGAGCUAUAGCCACUUACAAGAUGUCAAGAGUUGCGACUCGAUAAAAGACACUUUAAAGUCAGAGCAAAAGGAACAACCUUUUAUUUUCCUUUUAUAACGUUUUCUCGAGGCUAACUUUUGAGUUAGCCGUAAAAAUAGUCUAAUCCAACCCUCCCAGCCACCAAUGAAAUAUUGAUGAGUUUUAUCAUCUGUGUUUUUAAAUCUGACAACGAGCCCUCUGCCUGUAAAUGGUAAGAAGGCUAAGUGGGUGGGAGAGUUGGGAAGUGUUGCAGGGGUGGUAAAAAGUCUCUGUUAAAAAAAGCCAGAGGACCGAAUGGGUGUGUUGGGAAUAUUUAACACACUCCUUUCAGAGACAGAAAAAAAUAAAAAUACUUUCGCCAACCUCAUCCCAUGACCAAGAAAAAAAAUGAGGAAGGAUUUCACCAACAAAAAACAAACAAAUAACUGUUUUCUGCAGUAUUUCUUGUUCUACUCCUGCGGCUGCUUCUUAUUCUUCCUCCUCUUCUUCUUCAGAACAUCGAAGCUUGAAUCUUCUGUUGCACCCCACACAGCUUCGUUUUUUUAAGACUUGCGGAGUUGUUACACUUUAUGGAAUCCUGCAUGAAUGCUACAAAAGAAUACUAAUGAUACAAACAAUGAGAAUCUACUGUCUGGAAGGAGGGGGUCUCUCCUCCUUUCCGUUGUGGUCUGUAGGGUUUCUCUCUUUUUUACUGAAAAAUACUUUCUGUUUCUCUCUUUGUGCUCUGAAUGACAUUCCUCUUGCCGUACCUUCAUUUUCAGUAAAAAUCAAACGACAGAGGGCUACAAGGGAAAUCGGAUAGUUAGUGUAUGUUUAUCUGCGGGUGGGUGUGGUGGUGGUGGUGGGGUGGGGGGCUUUUUGCUUGCUUGUCAACUGUCCGUUCUGUGCCAAAUGCCUGCCACUGAUACAGCUGGAAUUGCACAUAUUUUUAGUGAAAGUAACUUUUUUGUAACAAACGUCAUCAUGCUAUUAUGAUAUCAUGGGUAGCAGGGUAAACUUAACAUGGAUUGAUUUUUAUUUUUUUUUUUUUUGGGGGGGGGGGGGUGUUGUAAUGUGGGUUCAGUGGUGGUGAAAAGUCAGACAAAUCAGUAACUCAAGUCUUCCAGAGUUUGGGGUUCAAACAGAGGUAUCAGAGAGGAAGAGACCAAUAGAAAGGCACAGAAAGGAGAGAAACUCUUCAUCUUUGUUUUUCUUCGUCUCCGAGGGAAAUGUUGGAUAAACUGCUAAUGUAAUUGCUUGUAUUUGAUUAGUGAUUGUGAGAAUGAGAUGGAUGCUCUGUGUUUUGUUUUUUGUUUUUUUGGAGCUCAGGUAAUCCUUUUUCCAACCUUGUGGUGGACCUCUAACACUCAGACAUGCUGUGGGAGACGGAUUUUUGCUUGUCCCCUCUUUCGAGAUGGCUCUAGUGACAGAACCUCACGGAGCUCUGGAGGUAUGCAGAUUCAGUGGUAGUAGGACGGAUAAUAUCUAGAGCGAGAACAUGCCGAGUAAUCUAAUCUACACCUUUGAAAGAGGUGAUCUUAAUUUAAAACAAGGGAUGAGGAUGUAGAAAUUGUUCAGCACCAUUAAAUAUUUUACUAAAAAUAAAACAAGAUUGGGGAAAAUGAUAUUAACUAUAUGCCGAGACAUGCUUCUAAAGAUAAGAGCAUGUAAUGUUUUCAUUUUAAGGGGGAUUUUUAUAGAUUUUCAACAUUACUGUUUUAUUCAUUCAUUUAUUUAUGUAUGUAUUUUAUUUACUGAAAAGACAAAAAUAAUGGGUACCUCAAAAAGUUCUCUAAAGGUUACUAACAUCAUUGUAUGCAACCUUUAGAUGCAAAAUCGGAAGGUUGUUUCUAUGAGUAACUGUUCAUCCAUUCUGAACAGGAGAUCUAAAGUGCGGUUUUAGAACUAGGAGGGUAAUAUAGUUUUGUAGUUCCCACAAAUCACAUGAGCUCUGUCCCCUUUGUUCUUCAGCAAGCUUAAACAUUUUCAAAUGGCAAACUUUCAGAUGCAAACUUUCAGUUUUAUGUCUAAUGAAGAUUCACAAAUACACAACAGAGGUAUCUUUGUACGACUGAUAUCAAAAAUGUAUCAAUUUAUUAUGAUGGCAUUUAAAAGAUUACUGCCAGUAUUUUUGGACAUAGUUAUGUGUUAAUUAUCCAUUAAUCCUUACCACUCUUACCACUUAACUGUCUGCAGCAGUGAUAAUAACAAAUCUUGAGAUUAAUAUAAAAACCCAACAAAAUGCAAAUUAUUGCUUAAUCACAUCUCUUCUGAUUAGUAACCUAUUAUAUUUAUAUUAAAUAUAUAAAUACAUCAGCUUUGCCUUACAAUGUACAAAGACAACCUGCUCUUUUGGACAAUUCAUAAAAAUGUAUAAAUGCAAACGAUUUUGAGGUUGUGUUGUCUGAAAAGGCAUGGAGUUAAAGAAUAUUAAAAUGUGUGACGCUUAUAAAGCAUUAAAACGUAUCGAUAACACGCCCUUUACAAAUAUAUGUUUUCAAAAAGAGUUGCUUUGUUAAGGUCCACAAUAACUGUCCAGAUAUUUCCACUUUAAACCAGUUUCCCAAUGCAUAGCAAAAGAAGGGUGGGGCGGUUGUAAUAAAUAAGAUAAAGAAAAUAAUAAGUUUCUGUUUUAUAUGUCUGAAGUCUCUAUGAAACCUUGUUUUUAUCUUGAAGCUGAUCCCACCCGUCAGCAGAAAUCUGCCAGUUUUCUGUGUCUGCAGCCAGGUGUUGUUAGCUCUCUCAGGCAGGUGAUAAAUCCAAAAUGUUUGACACCACUGGCGACCUCCAGGGGGUGCCAUAAGACAGUAAAACCCAAUUACGUUUGAGUGAGCGUUGUGCUUGUAGCAUUUUCUCUCACCUCCAGGCCACCUCAUCAGUGUUCACCUUGUCAGCAGGUGAGUGAACUACACUGUAGCACAGUUCAGACGGGUUGGAGAAAUGACGUUUUGGGCUUUUGCUGAUUAUUCUGGAAAUCACCAGGGUGAUUCCUUCCGAUUCCUUGUCGGUGUGUUUCUCUGUGUGCCUCAAAACAGCCCCGGUCACCAACGCACACCACUGUCAGCCCCAGAGCACUGUUGUUUUCCACUUUAUUGUUUUUAAGUUGACCAACGUUUUAACCUGGAGGCCUAUCACACGUUGACCAGAGAAUGCAUCUAAAACAAAAAACAGAAAUGAAAAAUAAAAACUGCCUAUUAGUGUCUUUCCAGCCUUAGUGGGAUGUCACGAACAAGUACUUUUCACAUCACUACACUGAAGAAAAAAAAAAGAUAAAUCAGAAAGCAACUAGGUAUGUAGCUCCUGGUUGUGGUGUGUGGAAGUGAGCUUUUUACUCGUAUGUAUGUACACGGGUGAAUGUGUUUGGGAUCACUGAAGUUUUAUUUCUUGUGCUUGCUUUUGUUUUCUAUGCUUUGUCAGCAGAAAUCCUUUUUCAAGUUCUGAACAUGUCUGUCAUGUCAUUGUGACAGUUUGCGAUUAUCCGUGUUUGUGAGCGUGCGUGCUGUCAGUCAAACCUCUGAAUGAGACGUGCAAAACCUGAGCAUUCACUUUUCCAUCUUUGUGUAUAUGCUGCAGUAAAAUCCACUAACACACUGAUUAACCACACGAGUUCUUCAAAAAGCAAUGUAAAGUCGCAAUGGGGAGGAAAAAAGUAUUUUUUGUUUGUUUGAUUGAUUUUUUUUUUUUAAGUAUAAAAAAUAUCAAAAAAAGAAAAAAAAAAAAUCUAGUUCCAGAAAUGCAUGUGCUAUGUGCAUGCCACACCGUGGGUUAAAAGUCAUCUUCAGGACAGAAAAGAAAAAGCACAUUAAUUAAUUCAGAGAAAUAAGAAAAAAAAGAUAUAUAAAUAGAUAGAUGUUUUUAAAAAAAAAAGCAAUGUUUCUUUUUUUCUUCUAUUUUUGAAAACAAAAAAGACAAAAAGUAAAAAAAAUUAAUAAAUGAAAAUACUGAAGAGACUUUGGUAAGAGUCAAAUUCUUGUUUCUUUUCUUCUUUUAUGGGGUUGAGACACAACACAUCCAAGUUCAGGACACCGCAAAAAAAAAAAAAAAAACUGUUUCUAAU